AUGGGCCGCGGCGGCAAAAACAGCAGGGCUCGUCGCUCUGCACGAGCGACUCAGCAAUUCUUUAGCCAAGGCUUGCCAGAUGGCUCGGCGCUCUCUUCCGUUGAAGGAGAAUCAUCCUCAACAAACAUUCCUCCUCCUGCUCCUCCUUCAUCUCCAAUUCAAUCUCGAUCUGAAAACACUCGUCCCAAAGCAAGCCCAGAAACAGAGAGUCUGCCAAAAGAGUACACCUCAUUGGUACCUUCUCCGUUCCCAGCAAGCAAACUACGUUUCAUCACCGAUCAUCUUUGGCAACCAGCUGAAAAGACACUCAUUCCAUUCUUCAGAGAAAACGAGACCACAGGCAUCAAGUACUUGUACAGUCAAAUCGCCUACUUGUACGCCUUCAAGCUUCCUGAUCAAAAGAAACUCUCGUGGCAGUUUGAUCCCGAAAUCACGCGAGGCCUUGCCGAAGACGUAGUGAAGACACCCGCAUUGGACAAAUGGUUCAAAACCAACGGUGCAGUGUCAACUGGGCUAAAAGUUGAAGACAUUGUCAUCACCACACAACCAGGAAUAAACGAGUACCAAGCUAUCCUUCUCAUCUGUCAGUGGCUGGUUCGCCGCGCAGUGGUACACGGGGACAGAUCCAACAUCGUAUCAGCCUCUCCGACCAUUCUCAUCGGCCUGAUUGACUUCACUUAUCGCACAAAACACGCAGCGCGAAGCAGCAGUGCAGAUCCACAGUUCAAAGCGGUUUGGGAUUGGUUUCAUAACGACCGAACAGCCAGAAUGGGUAACAAGCAGAACGUCAUGGUGCCUGAUGCACUAGAUUAUCCUCACGUCCACGAGUCUGACCAUGAAGGUGGUGCCGCUGAGGGUGAAAUCAUCGAGACUCACUUCCGAGACUGCUUUGAGUACCUCAUGGACGAUUCGAGUGAUGAUGGCUCCGAUCCUGGCGAAGGUCCAUCAACUACUCACCACACAACUUCUUCUCCUCUUGACAAAGGCAAAGGCAAAGCCGUUGAGAGAUGUCCUACUACCUCUUCCACUCAAACUCACGUUGCUGGAACCGUCACGAAAUCAGUUGGCCAUGUUGACGAUGUCCUUACAACUACUACUUCUACCACUACCACUGGUGACAAAAAGAAGAAGAAGAGAAGAGACAACCACAAGAGAAAGGAUAAGAAGAAGAAGAAUAACCCCAACAAAAAGAACAAAAAGAACAAAAAGAACAACAAGAAGGGCAAGGGCAAAGCAAAGGCUACGGAUCUUGAUGAAGAUGAAGCAGAACAUGAACAAGAACAAGAACAAGAUGCAGCAUCUGUCGAUGACGAUACAGCCAAUGUCCAUACAUCAGAUGAUGAAGUCUCACUUCCCUAUUACUCUGCCAAAGAAGGCGACGAUCGCGAAGAAAAUAGCGACGACGACGAGGAUGAGGAUGAGCGUGUUGAAGAACAAGAAAUGAUUCUUCACGAAAACUUUGACACGGGUGACGAUCAAGUCAACGAUCAAGAAGUCCCGGCGGUCGACGAUGAUGGCGAAGAAGCCUACGACGCCGGCGACGAGGUCGACGAUGACGACGACGACGAUGGUGACGAUGAAGUCACACAAAAAGUCAACGAUCAUGGCAAGGGGCGAGCCAUCGAUCAAAACGAACAACAAGAAGACGGCGACGGCGGCCACGACAAUGACAACGACGAAUUCUGGACUGAAGAAGACCAGCGAGAAUUCGACGCUUGGUUCGACGCCAAGUUCCAGGCGCCCUGGGACAGAAUCAUGUCCCGGCUCGCGUCCCUGCCGUCGCCGUCUUCUGUUGUCGGCAACACGACAGCCACCAACGACAACGUUGUUGUGGGCGACAACAACGUUGUCGUUGGUGGUCCGUCGUCGACAACCGCCGCCUCGCGUCGCCGUCGUGCCGCUCCUCUCGAGGGCAUCGACGCCGGCCUCGACCGCUCGCGGCCCGCCAGUUCGGUGGCGGCCAACGAGAACCUCCAGCGCCACCUGCUGGCGGUCCUCGAGCGGGCGAGAGCCGGGGGCAUGUCCCGCGGCGCGAGGCGUGCUCUCCUGGCCAGGGAGCACCAGAGAAUCCUGGCCUCCGAGACCCUGGCGGCGGCGAGGGGCACUCAGCCCUUGAGGCCCACCGCCACCAGGGCCACGGAGGCCGCCGCGGCGGAGACGAGGAGGGAGCUCGCCCGGUUCCCCCGGUUCAACCUGGGCUCCGCCCCGGGUUGGCUGGGGGAGCUGGAGCGGAUGCAGAUCGGGGGGCUGCGGGGGGGUCGGGGGGGUGGUGGUGGUGUUGGUGGUGCGGGUGCGGGUGCUGGUGUUGGCGGCGGCGAGGAGUAG